AUGGAGCUUUGGAGCCAUUUGGGAGAAGGAGUGUUGGAGACGUCAAGACCAAAGAGCAACCAGGAUGCGAACCAGGAUCAGGAACCCGUUUGUCACCUUUCCUUGACCAAGAAGAGAGUUGACCACAUCCAAGUGAAACGCGGCGUUUUGGAGCUUAAAUCUUGGGGAAGGAAAGAAGAAGGGUGUAUGCAAACACGCUCUCGCGGCAAAUCAAACUUGUUAAGCUCCGACGAACUUCAACGAGCUGAACGAGCUAAACGCGAGCGUCAACGGCAGAACAGAGUAGAAGCAGAGUCGAGUUCGGAUUUCAGACAGGCUCCGAGUUACACUCAGUGA